CUCAUUUCUCUCUCAACAACAAUGGCGACGUUGAUGCUGAAGAAAGCGUUGUCUAAGGUUCCUCCCUCACCGGCAUCAUCACCGCCGUGGAGGCUCGCUCUCCUCCGUGCCCACGCGUCGGAGACCCAAGCCCAGAUGGUGGAACCCAAAGCCCGAGAAACAACCCGGAUGAAGAAGUUCCAAAUCUACCGAUGGAACCCUGAGAAUCCGACGAAGCCGGAGCUGAAGGAAUACACCAUCAACCUCAAGGAUUGCGGCCCUAUGGUCCUCGACGCUCUCAUCAAGAUCAAGAAUGAGGUCGAUCAGACCCUCACCUUCCGCCGUUCCUGCAGGGAAGGCAUCUGUGGCUCAUGCGCGAUGAACAUCGACGGUUGCAACGGGCUUGCUUGCCUGACGGAGAUUCCGUCGGAGGCGAAGGAGACGACGGUGACGCCGCUGCCUCAUAUGUUUGUGAUUAAGGAUUUGGUGGUGGAUAUGACGAAUUUCUAUCAGCAGUAUAAGAGUAUUGAGCCGUGGUUGAAGAGGAAGAGUCCGCCGCCUGUUCCAGGGAAGGAGAUUCUGCAGAGCAAGAAGGAUCGGGAAAAGUUGGAUGGGAUGUAUGAGUGUAUUCUGUGCGCUUGUUGCAGUACUUCUUGCCCUAGUUAUUGGUGGAACCCUGAAUCUUAUCUUGGUCCUGCUGCUUUGCUCCACGCUAAUAGGUGGAUAAGCGACAGUCGUGAUGAGUACACAAAGGAGAGGCUGGAGGCCAUUAACGAUGAAUUCAAGCUCUAUCGCUGCCACAGCAUAUUGAACUGUGCCGAUGCCUGCCCUAAGUUGUUGAACCCUGGGAAGCAAAUCCAACAGAUCAAGUCAGCUCAGCCAAAAGCUUGAAAAUCUGCUGUGAGAAAUGAUGGUGUUUUCUUGUGAAUUUUGGUUUUUCUUCAGAGGUGGGGAUAAUUUUGCUAUAUCUAUCCAUUUAUAUAAUAUACUAAAUCUGAAGUGUGAAUUACAAUAGCUUCUCAACUAUUAAUCAUAAUUUUUCUUUCCCAAGAUGAGCAAAUUUGCUGUCAGUUUAAAUAUUCCAUUCUGUUCUUUUCAAACUUCAAAUAUAGUAGUAUUCUUUUAGUUUCA